AUGAGAGAUCGUCUGCAAGAGCUUAAACUGAGGGUUAAGGAACUACAGAUAGCUGGGGGAAACAAUGGUGCAACUGUACAAGAAGAGGAGCAGGAGGAGUUUGAACAGCAGGCCAUUAUUUAUGAGAAAGAGCCCAUAACUGAAAGGCACUUGCAUGAAAUCCAGAAGCUUCAGAACGAAAUUAAUAAUCUGGUGGAAGAAGUCAGUAAAUUCAGCCAACAACAAAAAAGCCUCGUGUCUUCAAUGAGAAGGUUCAGCGUUCUCAAAAAGGAAUCUAACAUAGCAAGGGAAAUCAAAAUUCAAGCGGAACACGUACGCAAGAGUUUGGAUGAGCUGUCAAGAACAGUGAGGAGAGCUGAAAACGAGCAGGGGCCAGCCCGAGCCACGGUGAGGAUCCUGGCUGCCCAGCACGCCUUCCUGUCCCACCGCUACCUCCAGGCCAUGCUCUCCUACAACGAGGCCAUCACCGCCAGGCAGGACAAGUGCAGGACCUUCAUCCUCCGCCAGCUCGAGGUAGCUGGCAAAGAGGUGUCUGAGGAAGAGGUCAAUGACAUGCUCCAGCAAGGAAAAUGGGAGAUUUUCAAUGAAAAUCUACUCACUGAAGUCAAGAUUACUAAAGCUCAGCUGUCAGAGAUUGAGCAGAGACACAAAGAACUGAUCAAUCUGGAGAACCAGAUCAAAGACGUGAAAGAACUCUUCAUCCAGAUCUCAGUUCUGGUGGAGGAGCAAGGGGAGAUGAUCAACAACAUAGAAAUCUGCAUGAACAACACUCAAGAAUAUACUCAAGUAUCUAAAGAAAAGUUCGGGCUUGCAGUCAGGUACAAAAAAAGAAACCCUUGCAAAGUGAUUUGCUGCUGGUGUUGCCCGUGCUGCAGAUGA